CAGAACAGAAACGUUUCUCCUCCUUUGGACUCUGUUCGAAUCUUCUUCUUCCUCUGCAAUCCUGAUCAGUCUCGGAUUACAUUUCUGUCACGGUCUUCUCUGCUAAUGGUCAGUCUCGGCCGUCCUCCGAUCACGCGUUCGCACUUGGGGAAGCAUAAAUUCCAGCGCAAUACCUGAGGUUCAAUGCAAACAUUGUCAUGCUUUGGGGCAUUUUAGAAGCACCGUCGAAUACCCAACUUCUGUAACUAUUGUCAGAAGACGGUGCACAUCAUCCUUGAUUGCCCAUCAAUUCAGAAUCGUCGUUGUCAGUCACCAGGGUCACGCCCCAAAGCUAGCAUUCUUUCUCACUCCCACUGCCUUUGCUGCUCAAUCCAACCCGAGUAGAUUGCUUUCUUUGGUGUUGGUGUGUCACUUUAUGUUAAUCCACCCCUCUUUGUUUCGAUAUCAGUUGUGAACCCUUAGUUACGAUUAUGAUGACAAAAAUCCAAAUUAAGGUCUUUUAAUUUUUUUUGCAUGCUAGGAUUUUAUAAUGUUUCACUCUCUUAAUAUACAUAAUAAUAAUGUUAUUCUUGUAGUUGAUCGUUUUGUUUUAGUUUCUUUCAUGAAUUUCUACACCAGAUACCCAAAAAUCCGUGCAACAAGCCAUAGGUCAUCAUUAACCCCAAAAAAAAAAAUUAUAUUAUCCAUCGAUGCAUAACUAGAAAGUGCCAGAUUUAGAGACGACUUUUUUUUCCACCUCUUUUAUUGAGACCAGCCACGACCUCCCCCUCCAAGAAAUUCAGAAACGGCAGGGCCAUCCAUCCAUGCAACCUCGCUUCUUUCUUCCUUUCCCUCAUUGCCCUGCCUCCCUCCCUCAGAAUUUUGAUUGUUCCCUUUCAUCCUUCAUUACGUGAUUUAUUAGGGAAAAGAGGUGAUCAUCGUCGUCUUGGUUGUAAAAAAAUUCUUGCGUGAUGAACUUCCGCUCCUCCGUAAUGAGGCCAAAUGUGGCUGCAAUUAUAGCCAUUGUAGCGUGUUUGUCGACGAGCAGCUUUGUUUCCGUGAAGGCUCAUUUUGAUUACAAGGACGCCUUAACCAAGUCCAUCAUCUUCUUGGAAGCUCAGAGAUCAGGAAAGCUUCCUUCAAACAACCGCGUGCCGUGGCGAGGAGACUCCGCCCUCGACGACGGUAAAGUUGUAAAUGUGGACCUAGUUGGUGGUUACUACGACGCGGGGGACAACGUGAAGUACGGGCUGCCGAUGGCGUUCACGGUGACGACCCUGGCCAUGAACGCGGUGUUCUACGGGAAGGAGCUGGAAUCGACGGGGGAAAUGCAGCACGUGCUCGAUGCUAUCAAAUGGGGGACCGAUUUCUUCCUCAAGGCCAGCACCAAGCGCGACCGCCUCUACGUCCAGGUCGGGGACCCGGUCCUUGACCACGAGUGUUGGGCCCGGCCCGAGACCAUGAAGACACCACGGCCCGUACUCAAGAUCGACCAGAGUGACGCCGGUACCGAGAUUGCCGCCGAGGCUGCCGCCGCCUUUGCUUCUUCCUCCAUGGUUUUCAGAAGCUGCAACAAGACCUAUUCUCGCCUCCUCCUCAACAAGGCCAAAACCAUGUUCAAAUUUGCGAAAGCGCACAAGGCAACUUUCGACGGUGAAUGCCCCUUCUAUUGCUCUUUCUCAGGCUACAAUGAUGAGCUGAUGUGGGCAGCGACGUGGUUGUACAUGGCCACCAAGAACGAAACUUACUUGAAGUACCUGCAGGAAGACGCCAUUAGCGGUUGUGUUGCCGAGUUCAGCUGGGAUCUCAAAUACGCCGGCUCCCAGAUUCUAUUGGCCAAGCUAUUCUACGAAGGGGAGAAGAGCAUGGAGCAGUACAAAACCCAAGCAGAAAGCUACGUCUGCUCCAACCUGCCACAGAGCCCGUACCACCAAGUCUACAUAACCCCCGGCGGCAUGAUCCACCUCCGCGACGGCGCCAACUCACAGUACGUGACCGGAGCGGCGGCGCUCUUCUCCAUCUACAGCGACAUCCUGAAGAAGAACAACCAGAAGGUGUGCUGCGGGGGCCAGCAGUUCGACUCCGAGGCCCUCAUGGGCUUCGCCAGGCAGCAGAUGGACUACAUCCUGGGCGCCAACCCGGAGAAGCGCUCCUACAUGGUGGGCUUCGGUGCCAACCCGCCGGUCCAGGCCCACCACCGCGGCGCGUCCAUCCCUUGCACCGCUCCCGACACCGUCAGCUGCCCCAUGAGCUUCGUCCAGUACUUCAACAAGGACGCGCCCAACCCGAACGAGCUCACCGGCGCCAUCCUUGGUGGGCCCGACAAGAACGACGUCUUCCAUGAUAAGAGGUGGGAGUCGGUGUUUACCGAGCCGUGUACCUAUGUCAACUCCCUCGCCGUCGGGGUGCUCGCCAAGCUCGCCGCUUGCCCAACGAAUCAGUGAUGAUUGUCAGAGUCCCCUUUUCCUUCAGUUCGUGUGCCAAAACGUCGACGUUUGUUUUAUCAUUUAAUAAGUAUUGUUGUUUCUUCUACGUAUUCCGACUUGUUUUUUUUUUCUCAUUAAUACUGACUGGUCAAUUGGAUUGAUUGAUUAAUUGGAUAAAUUGAUUAGCCACCUCCACCCUUGUUUGUGUUUAGUGUUGUGUGCUAGUUCAAGCCACUAAUCAUAUUUAAACCUCCCUCUUGAAUUCCAAUGUACUUUUGUGCGAGAAAUAUGGUUUUCCAUUUCUUUAGAAAUCGGAAUUUUGAGCAAUCAAUAUGUUAAUGAGGGAGAGAGGAAAGUAAACUUGAAGACGUGAUAGAAUCACUUUGUUCAGGGUGUUUAUAUUUUCCACUACAAUAUGUUGGCAAUAAUCAGACAUAUCAAUUUUAGGAGUCUAUUCAAACCAAAAAUAUCAGAUCAGUGACUUUAAGAUUUUGAUGAUUUGAGAGUUUUUGAGAAGGAAACUGAAAACAAGAUGAACCGUCGAAAGACUUUUGCCACAUCAAUAAACUUUAUAUUGUGACUGAAAAGAACAUUCAUAGUCAGGGGAAGGUGAUCCCACCAAUACAAAGAAAGGAAGGGAUGAUUGACCACAUGACUGAAAAACUAGACAACAAGAAGGAGCGACAAUAUAAAAGAAAGAAAAAAAAUCAACCACGCAAGUCCAGGAGAGCACAUGACCAUGCCUUCUGCCAACAAACACGAACCAGCUACAAGAAGUACAUGAGACAUACUUUCGUGAAGUAGGGCAUUGGACAAUGCAUAGUUGAAAUAGCAGCGAGUGAAAGGGGGAUCAGUAGACUACUAGACUUCAUUCCUAUGAAUCAGCAUAACAACGCAACAACAGCUCCAAACAAUCACUCUCUAAUCAGACUCUUAGAAAGUAGAACAGUAAAUGGGUGAAGACCUACUUCCCAAGAACUAGUAUCUACCAAUUAAUCCUAUUGCCUGACCAUCGAGUUAUAGUGUAUGGAAGAAGGGAUUAUUAGUAUUUUCCUCCUAAAACUCGGCCAAAGGUGUGGUGGUACCACUGAGGCUCGAAUUUCUUGACUUGGGGACGAAGUAAGGAAUACUCAUGAAUCAACUAUUGGCUUAGGCUAGCAGGGGUAGGGCCGCCGAGGAUUCUCCUCUCAUUUGGCCCACAAGUAACCUCUCCAUAGGUUUUCAGCGCGACUUAUUGAGUAUUGGCCUGAGACGAUUAGACCCGUCAUAUGGUCUCUGUGACUUCCUUUGCAGGUUUCGCCUGAAAUUUCUCCGGUAGACUCCUCUUGGGAUCAUAUGAAGACCUCAUGAAGGCUUUUCCUCCAUUGGGAUUUGUUUAACGGAUGAUUCAUGAAUCAUCCUUGAUCUUCUAGCAAUUACCACUUUGAUUCUCCAACUUGAUCCAAGUGUUGAACAAAAUCAUCCUCGAUUGCAUUUUACUUUGAAAAGCACGAAACUGUAGGAAAAAGCACAAAAAGAUGAUAAAACACAACCUAAGUCUAUUAUAAAUAUAUUGAUCAAAUAGUUAUAAAUUACAUAUAUAACAUAAUAAAAUCUACUAAAGAUGCAUUGCCAUAAUGGAAAAUGGAUCAAAUAAGGGUAGUGAUAAAUACUAUAAUUUGAGCUUAGGGGAACAUCGGUGAUAUUCCUUUAUUCAUCCCCAAAAUAAGAAAUCCAAGUCCCAUUGGUAUCAAGAAGCGGUUGGUCGCAUUUUAGGAGGAACCCCCCCCCCCCCCCCCCAACUACUAGUUCUUCCACUAUAAAUAUAGGGUUAGUUUGAGGGAUUCAGUAGGCUGUAAAAACUAAAAAAAAUUACUUUGUCAAACUCAAGCAAUGAGCCACUCGGUUUGGAGAAAUUAGCAUUCAUAGUAGGAUACAACAAAGGAGAUGCAUUCAUCAUUGAUAGUGAUAUCAUCUUUCUCUUCUAUGUAUUGUAAGUUCAAUUUCGUUGUUAAGGAUGUUAAUUCUAUUGAUGCUUAUAACAUCUUUUUCUAUGAUAUGAUGAUAUGUUUUUAUUCAUUUUUAUCUAUGUUAUUUGAAGUUUGUUUCAUUAGAUGCUCGUGUCAUGUGAUGCUAAUACCUGUUGAAUGCCUAUAUCAUGAGAUGUUUAUGAUAUUCGAAUGCUUUAAUUAUACGACGAUUUAAUUAUGCAAUGCUUACUACAUCUAUUAUGUUCGUUUACAAUGUUGCUUAUAAAAUAUUGUAUGUUGCAUGGGAACCUAACUUAUGUGAUAUGUUAUUGUCUUAGGCGUGUAUAUAAACUAAGAGUUUAGAUUAAAUACUUUUAUGCGCAAGAAGAUUACAUAAAAUUGGGAUAGUCGAGCAGGGAGCAUUCUAAAUUUGUCUUUACCUAGACCUGGGUUCCAAUUUGGCGAAUUGCAAAUAUUUUGUGCUUCUUUAAUUAUUAAAAAAUUAUAGGCAUUGCUAUUCGUGGUCCUAAAUUAAUUAAUUUUACUUUAAUACCCUUAACAAAUUCUUUCCAACUACGUUACAUCGGCGACAGGGUUUCUGCUGGGGUUGACGACGAAUCGGGAGGAGAAGGCGCAUAACUGGAAGUACUCCUCGUCGUCGUUGAGCAGGUCCGGUCGAGUGUCGUACCGGCACUAGAACGACGGUUGUCGUAUUGUUGCAGGGGCCGCGGUGGUUUUUGUCCUAGGUGGUGGCGAUGGUGCAAUCAACGGCGGCGGUUCUGGCCUCUGCCACAAAUGAAGCCAAGCUUUUUUUUUUUAUAGAUGAAAGUGAAUUUUAUUGCCUUUCUAAUACAUCAGAAGUGUACAUGGAGAAAGGGAACAAAAGGGAUACAAAAGAGAGAAGGCUAAAAGCACGCAUACAUAACAGGUAAAGAAGAAAACAGAGAAGGCAGAGCGAAAACCACCACCGGAGCCAAGCUUGUUAAUGAAGAGGAAGUCUGUCGAGAAGAUGCGGCGGCGGCUGCACCAAAAGGAAUGGGGUAAGAGUGUCAAUUUUAUGCAUUUUAGUGCGAUAAAAUUUGAAAUUUAGGGCGACGAAUAGCAAUUCAGAAAAUUAUUUAAUCAAAUGGUCCAUUUAGUCCUUCAACUUCUACAUUAUCUUCUACAAGUCUUGUGCUUUUAAGCUAGAUCAAUCAAGUUUUCCAACUUUUAAAUUCUUAUGUUUAAAGAUUCUAUAAUUUGAUUUGAACUUUCCAUAUUAGGUCAAUCAACUUUUUUAACUCUUAAAUUUGUAUGUUAACGAUUCUUUUGAUCAUAUAAUUAAUUAAGUUUUUCAAACAAUAAUUUAAAAGGAACUAAAUUUUUGUUGUGCAUGGGAAGAAAGUGAGUUCAACUCGCGAACGAUUGGAAAAUGAAGGACUAAUCCUUUUGCAAAGAUAUAUUUUCAAACAUUAAAUAUUAAAAAUAUGUUACAAAUGAAAAUGCAUGAUUGAUUUUAUUCGUAAUUUACUCAUUUAUUCUACACAUAACAUGUUCUAAAUUUAAAUGAGAGUGAUUUUAUUAUCUUUAAUAAUACUUUUAUCUUUAU